GCAGAUUCCUGGGCUGAUCGAUGAAACGACCGGCGCAUUAGAUUUUCCGAGAGUCGCACGCGCAUUCACCAUCCUCGAGGACGAAGGCGCGUAGAACACGUCUCUCUCUCCUCAGUCACACGCUAUCCCGGUGCCAGGGUGCAUCGUAUACCUCCAUCUGAAGGGAAUGACAGAAGUGUGUUACUAGGUCGAGUGGAACACGUGAUAUUUUCUCGCGCGGCUUUACUCUUUGACGACAUCAUGCCCGGCUGCAUCCAGAGAACAUCUAGCAGUUGAAUAAUAUUGUGCAACGAUUCGUCUUCUCGCGAAAGGAGUUUCCUUUUGAAAUUGGGCAAAGUAUGUGAAUCUCUUUCGCGUGAAGAUAGGAUCAUUUUUAUUUUAGUUCCCGAUUCUUGCGUUUUCGACAUUCCCCGAUUGGGAAUUGAUCCAUUGGCUUAUGGAGUGCUAUUGACUCCGUACGAGGGUGUGCGCACGACGUAGGAGUUUGACAGUGAAAGGCGGCAGGAUCGUGUUUUGUGAGUGCUAGCUAAAACAAGCAUGGAUAAACGACGAUCCUUGGAUGGAGGCAUUCAGGAGCACCCUUUGCCUAUCCCGGUUCAGAUGUUCCUUUGGCGACAUAUAAGGCCAUUUAUUCGAGCUAAGCUAGGAAAACUUCAUGAAGCAUCUUGUACGUUCUGUCAACAUGCGCCAGGCCAUCAUGAAAUGAAGGAAGCAUGCACGUGUCUUGAGAGGGUUUUAGUACAAAAUCUUCACAAUGACCUCACGCCUUCGUUAAGCCAGAUAUUGGGCAACGUACCACGUUGGCGUUUGAUUCAAGCCGCUCUUCCUUACGUUCUCCAUGCUACGGCCAGUCUUUUGCAUAAUAAGAAGGAUUUUCAGAGCCUCGGCACGAUGGAAACGACUCUUCUUUAUAUUCUCCACUGGAUACUCUUAGAUUCUGCUGAGGAAUGUUCCGAGAAUGACAUGGAUCCGUCAAAUCCCUUUUUUUAUUUAUUUCCAAUACCCACUAUGACGCUCUUUGUUUACCUGUUUGCGCCUCUGUUUAACCAUUUAAAAGACAUUGACUUUAAGACGAAUUUGCGAUUAGAAAACGGUCUAAAAAUAUGGUCCGCCAUGUACGAAUGCCGACAUCCAGAGGCAACUUGCUUUACGGCACAUUGCCGUGCCAAGUCACGUAUUUAUUGGAGUCAGUCUUUUAAAUCCGCCAAACAUCACUUGUUGUCCGAUGACGUUUUUGUCGGAGGAAAUGUCGAAAGUCCACCCAAUCAAUCGUUUUCGGAUCAAAGCGCCCCGCCAUCUUCGAAAGUAAUUGACGAUGAUCAACAAAGUACUUGGUUGUCAUCGCCAAAAGACACAGUUUUCCCAGAGACGAUUCCUGAAGAAAGCUCCGGUGCGGAGGACGAGCAUGUGGUAAUAUUCAGAUUACCAUCUUUGAGUGAAUCGGAGAGAAUGCUUGAUGGGGUAAAAGAAGUUUCCACCAUAUUCGCAGGUGAGGCCAGCAUCUUUCACGUCGCGAUGGGCAGGACGACUAGCUCCUCGAAAUCUACGUUGACGAUAGAGCAGGUCACGGCAAUUUCUGGAUUAGACACGUGCAAACAAUACCAUGGAAAAACUGUGAAAAUCGGAGAUACGGAGAAGGAAAAGGAAGAGAAAAUUUUAAAGACGGAAAAAGAAGCGCAAGGAACCUCGAAAACACGUGAAAGUUUCUCGAUUCAACGACAACUUGCAACGGAACACGCUACCGGUUCUGCAGCCGUCGAUUCGGACGUCCGAGCUGCAACCUUCCUAGACGUAGCUACUUUGAGGUGUUUAUUCGUAUCUCAAUGGCAGGAAGAGGGUAUCUUCUGGGCUCUUCAGUUCUUAUAUUAUCGAUUACGAAGGAUCAAUGAGGAGACCUCAGUACAGCAAAUGCCGCGUCGCCGCAGCAACUCCUUGCCCAUACCGAAAAUUGAAGUAUCGAUUUAUCAGAGCCCUGAAAGUAAAAAGAAGGAUGUAUUAAAAGAUUUUAUAGAAGUGCCCGAUACACGUGAUACCACUCUUCUAACGGAUUCUCCGUAUCCCACACGCAAAGGUCACGAGAGCGAAUCAAGCCAUACAAGACGCGCCAGCGAGAAGACGAAAAAGCGCAUGAAGAUGGCCGAUCUCAAAGCUUUCGUAGAAACAAAAUUGCUAUCAAAGUCAGAGAAGGCACUUGAGAAGAUUGGCCAAGAAGAGCCCAAGAUGUUGUUCGAGCAGGAAUGUCACAGAAGCCUUGAUACUGGAGACGAUCAUCUGACAAGACAAGCCUCGACUAGUUCAAAGAUUUUCGAGGCGAAGGACGUCGACUACAUGAAACAUCCUACAAAUCUAAUUAAAGGGAAGAGUAUGCCGAGUUUAAGCUGCUUGAUUAACGAGCUGACCGCGGGAGGGUACAUCGGUGAUACUCGCAUUGAAAGAAAACAGAGUCGUUUCUAUAGUCAAUCCUACACCGCUCCAAAUCCUAUCAUUACCGUCACGGAGCACACGCCAACCCCAUCUCCAGAUUACAUGAAGCGACAGGGAUCCAUUGAUAGUCAGUUGGAUCUCAUCAGUGUUCAAGGAGGACGUUUAUGCUCCGAAAGGAAACCCAGUCUUACGAGAUCUCAGACAGAUUCUAACAUCACUUAUAUGAGCGACGAGAUGCCAGAAGCGCCAGGUUCCGCAUGUUACAUUACUAAAGAAGGCGAUAUUGAUCUUCAAGUCGUCUUGAAAGCGAUACACUCCGUUGCGCUGCGAGAUAAUGUCUCUUGUACGCCACGAGUCUGCGAGAUUAUGUUAAAUUUAAUGGAACUUUUAAUGGACAUGGGAGUGAUGAAGCAUUGUCUUCGGGAGGAAGCCACCAGCAGUAACGCAGGAUCUGGUACAGGAAUCGAUAACAAAUCGGAAACAGGAAAGAAACAGGAUUCGCCAAUGGUAUUAAAUCAACAGGAAUCUAGACAUGAUGGGAAAGGCAAGCCGACUGCACAUAAUCUUCUUAUGAAUUGCGUGAUUAGAGUAUUAAAACACUUGGGCUGUCCACACGGUUGCUUGGACGGAGUGCGUGGUCCUCAGGCCGAUAUUUGUCGCUCUCAGGGUCAAACCAUCCUAACUAAAUUGCAUCGCGCGAGUUCCCGUCAAUUUUCGCGAUUUUUAAGAACGAUGAUACGCGAACAACCGCUGACGGAAAUCUUGGACUUCUUUCAUGCGUAUGUUGGGUACUGCGUUGAUCCAAGUUCACUAUUAUCGCCACUCAAUCAAAAACGAAUAUCGAGCAAGUCGCCCGAUGUAGUUUGUCAAAGUGGAUACGCGACGAAUUUCGGCGCCGGGAUGAUUGGUUCCGGUGGCAGUGGGGCCGGAGUUGGUACUUCAGGUACUUCGGGCGGAAGCGUCGUCGCGACGGCCGGCGUCGCACCGUCUUACAACGUCGGUAGUUACGGAGCUCGUGGUAUCGAAGGGCAAAUUAUGACCUACGUCUUCAAGGUUUUGGUCACACGCCUCGUUGAUUCUAUGAAGCACCUGAAGACGCAGGAGAAUAUCGGUCUCUACUGCGACGUGCGACAGUUGAUGACGUAUAUCAAGGAAGCGCACGGUGGUAUUUUUCGACGUGUUGCCCUCAGCGGCAUUCUGGAUUCUGCGGAUCGACCAAAUAAACGAUGUAACAGCAACGUGCAAACGACACGUGUUAUAAGACACAUUCAUCAAUCAGAUUUAGAGGAACACCCUGAUAUUGGAGGAGACACGUGUUACACUGUUGAUGACAGAGGAUCGCGAAAGUUUCUCUUCAAGAAGAGAAGCACAUCGUCCACUUGUGCUGCGGGAUCAAAUUUGCAGAGUCUCCUUGAAACGGAAUUGAGUGAGGAAAGCGUGAAAGCCAGUCAAAGCCCAUUGGGUAAUCUGCGUAAGAAGCAUCACGUGUUAACGCCUCGACAGAGCGAACGUAAUUUAUGUAUCGGCGAAUCUUUUCUUGGGCCUGGAAAAAUGCGGAAAUCGACUCGAUUUCAGAUAGGUGGUAUCGUCAAUUGGUUCCGGAAGGAGUACAGUCGGACUGAUUCUACCGAUAGCCAUGAAAGUAGCGAAUCACCCACAGACGGCAGCUUUGUUAGGCAGCCCAGUUUCCAUUACGGUCCUUAUCGCAGCACAUCACGCACCAGUCGCGGGGUCGGCUUAACAUUUUUAAAGGCGAAACGUCGAAUGGAGGAUCAGCUGAAUAAAAUCGGUUUCGGAAAAAGCAAGAAAAAAGAAAGCAUGGAAGAGACGCCUGGAAGCUACUUUAGUCGAAGAAAUUCAAUGGAGCUCGGCGAGGCUUGCAGAGAAUCCGAGUUCGUUGUUUUGAAGGAAAGAAGAUUAGUACCUUGUUCUGCGGUAUUCAAUGGAAUGUUACGAUUUUCCUUUCUACUAGAGACGUGCCAACCAGGCUCCGUUCCUGAUCCUCAUCUAAUGGCAUCGCUUUUGGAUCUUCCAUAUGCUCCAGUAGUAUCUCGCGCUUGUUUGAUACUGGAAUGUGCACACUUAGUGCACCAAUGCAACAAAGGCCACUGGCCAACGUGGAUGAAGCACAACUUUCCCAUGUUUCGACCAUCUGUGCCGAUAAAUAAUCGAAACGCUUCCACUACGCUUAGGCGCGUUCAUGUAUUACAACGCACUGCGGGAAAAUUAUUUUAUCAAUGGGCAGAGGCUAUAGGAGCACGUUUGGAAGAAUUCUUAGCUGAAGAUAAACAAAACAUGGAACAGAUAAUCAAUAUAGUAUCUGAUGAAAGCAAACAGAGAGAUUUAAUCUUGGAAGAUGAAGAGGAAGAUUUUCUCGAUGAAGCGAGUAUAAACAGUUAUGGAUCCCAAUGCCCCUUCGCAUUGCGUCACGUUGCUUGCAUUUUGCUCCUGGAAGUGACAGCAUUCUUAAGAGAGACUUAUCAAACAUUACCAAAGUCAAGUAAAUUGCUAACAAAGGAACGUCCCCCACCUUGGGAAAGAAUGUAUAGUCGAGAGGCAAAUCGACGUUGGAGUGUGGCUUUAUCAUCUAUGGGCCAUUCACAAGCAUCUGCGCAAAGUCUUCAAUCUAUAGCCGGUGAAGUUAUUAAUCGUGAAGGAAUCGCGGAGCGUAAAAUUAGUUUUGUUUUGUACGAACCUGAUAAUGAGUCCGAGGGUAGCAGCAAAUCGACGGUUACGAUUCAAGGGGAAGAAACCCAAAACAUUGAAAAGGAAAAAGCGAAAAGGAUGCCAACACCUCAAAGUAGACCAUUCCUCCUUCGUCGUAGUACUGCGGGAACUGGUUCGUUUAAGAAAAGGAGCCUUAAACUUCGUCGCAAUACUAAAGAAGGCAAAGAUACAGAAUGCGAGGCGUACACAGUAAAACGUGCAGAUUCGAUUCAAUCUAAGAGGAAAGUGAGCUCGCUUUCCGAUAGAAGUGAUACAUCCGAACCCGGUGCUGCCGGCGAAGUUAGCGGCGAGGAAUCACCGGGUAUUCUCAGCGAUGAUCAACCACCAGAGAGCCCGAGUGAUAGCAAUGAAACUGACGAGACCAAUAAGAAUUUCCCCUGGAUGAAGGUACUCGUGCAGCUCGCCAAUUCCUUCAAUUUCUAUUGUUCUCACCAGAAUUUCUGCCAUCCCUUUUGCCAUCGGCGACAAAUGCGUGCUAGCAGCAGGUUAAUAAAAUCCGUGAGAAAGAUUUAUGGUGAAAAAUUUGGCAUUUUGAACGGAACUGGUUUAUUGGAUGUCGACACUGAUAAGAAAGAAGAUGGCAAAAAAGACAAACGUAGUCGCAAGAUAUCCGAACAAACCAGUACACAGGUGUCGCCUGUCCGAAGAAAAGACAGCCUGGGGCGCAAGUACAAAAUAGAAAAAAAUCUAGAUGGAUCUCAAUCUGGUCGAUCAACUCAACGGGAUUCUUCAAAAGAUCUCGCAGAGCAAGACUCUGAAAGAGGCAAGGAAUCUUCAAAAAAGAAUACGAAUGAUGAUGUUGAAGAAGAUAAAGAACCACCGCCGAUUUUAAAAUAUGUAAAGACUCAAGUGAAAGAUGCUUUUCAUUCGCCUUUGGCUACUUUGGUAAAAGGAGCUGUCGUUAUGACGGAAGAUCUGUUUGUGGAAGUAUUACCUGUCGCAUGGGAACUCUUAUUGGAAUCUAAUCAAGAAGUAGCCGCAUCAGCCGCGGCACUUUUUAUAAUAUCAGCCGUACGAGCACCGAAUCAAGCCAGCGAUCUAAUGCACAAAGGUCUGCAACACAGUAACAGCAGUGUACGCAUCAAUGCUAUUUUGCGGUUUCAAGUUUUGUGGAAAUUACGAUAUCAAGUGUGGCCACGGAUGGAAGAGGCGGCUCAUCUAACUUUCAAAGUGCCUCCGCCAGGAAUAGAAUUCACUCUGCCGUCGCCAAAGAUUGGAAUAGAAUCCUUACCGGUGGUCGAUCCGCCAUGGAUGCCACAAGUGAAAACCAAGGUGGAGGAAGUCACUAUCAAUCAAGAACGUCACAGAUCUUUAGUGACGGCGACGAAGACGAGAAAGAAGCAGCAGACCGAAUUGAUCAAGAAAGCUCUUCAGGCGCAAGAUGAUAAAAAACGGGAAGAAAGAGAGAACUUUCUAAUAACAACGAUACCGAUUACCGUCCAGGCUGCUUAUGAACCCAGCCCAGUAGGAGAUGAUCAUGACGAAGGAACCGUGGGAGAUGAGGAUGCAGGUGAGACAGUCCCGAGGAAUACGUCGCAUCACGGUCAAUCGGCUCUCUCGUUGUUUCCCUCAUCGUUAUGUUCAGCGAUUGUUCAAAUUAUCAAUCUUCUAGAUGAUCCAGCAGUAUCCGAUGAUGGGAAUGCCGUAUAUGAAGUGGCAUAUCAAGUGAUCUGGAGUUGCUUGGUAGAAGACAGUGCUUUGUUCCUUCGAUAUGUACUGGAACGUCUGACGAGAGAAAAGCAAGAGUUAAUGUUCAAGAUUUUAAGACAUCUUAUUAGAUUUGUACCGAAGCUACCGCAGCAAGCUGCAUUCGCACUGUACAAUUAUAUCAUUGGAUACGUCAUGUUUUAUGUGCGUACUCCGCACGAGGAGGGUCAAAAGUUAAUUGGAACUGCACUGUCUAUUCUGUGGAUGGUGGUACACAGUGUACACGGCAUUAUGUUUAAAGAUCUAAAGCAGAUUCUGCGUAAGGAGCAGUGCGAUGCGUCAAUCUUGCUUACGGCAAAUGUUCCAUCGGCAAAAAAAAUCAUUGUUCAUGGUUCACAGGAUCCCGAUUCCGGAGAAAUACCCUCGCAAUUUCCGGUCCAAGAGGACACGCAAUUUUGUCAGAUACUUCGAGAGUCCUUGGACUUUUUCGGCAUCGAAGAAUCGAAACAUCAUGAAUAUUUUCUCGUUGAUUACAAGACGCAUCAAAUACAUAAUCCAUCGUCAUAUGUUAGAGACUAUUAUUUCUUCAAGAGGUCUCAAUUCCCACAAAUCGAACUUGUUCAUAUGAAACCGGAAGACGCGUUUAACGCGUUACAAAAACAGGAAUUAAUGCACAAGUUCGUGGAGAUAGGAAAAGUGCUAUUAACUUGGGCAAUCUUGAAGAAUGUCGAUAUGGUGGUGCAGAGAGUUGUGUUUCUUCACGAAGAACUCAUGAAACUACCAUCGUUCCCACGAAAAGCACUAGAAGCGGAUUUGGACCUGUACAAAGGUGGCGAGAUUGGAAGAGAACUUCUCGGACUGGAUGUAAUGCAUAAGUUUAUGUGGGUUAGAUUGAUCGCGCGUAUGUUUGAGGCCAUGGCCGGCAAUUUUGCGUAUUCUGGCGAUAUCCAUCUCUUUCUGAACGUUCUAAAUGGUGCCCUGAUUCUUCACAGCGAGGAUUCAUGCAUUCUACGUUACGUUGUGGCAACUUAUAUAAACGCAGCGCACAAUUUCAAGAAUAUCUUCUCGACCAACGGUUACCUGCUAAUUAUGCCGACUUUAUUGCAAUUAUAUUCGACGCAUCAGACGAACAAACUCGUAACAACUACUGUCGAAUACGCGGUCAAACAAUUUUAUCUCAUGAAUCGUAAGCCUUUUAUUCUUCAAAUGUUUGGCAGCGUAUCCAAUAUAUUGGACACGAAUGAGAUGAGCGUUCACGGCGAGGCUCACAAGGUUCCUUCUACGUGUCUGUUUAAUUUAUUAUUGAGUUUGGAAACUCCAUCGCCGGAUCCGCUUAAUAUAGGAGAAUUGGUGAAAGAAGAGAAGCCUUUGAAAGCGAUAGAUUUCUGUUAUCACGAUGAAAACGAAAUGGUCAAUGUGCUCGAUUGUAUAUCUCUUUGCGUGAUGGUGAUAGCUUACGCGCCUGACGCUCUCAGAGGUCAACAAAUGUUGAUAAUAUUAGAAGCAAUAUUGCCAUGCUACGUUCAGCAGAUACAAUUACCUACAUAUAACAAAGAUGGCAAGACGGAAAAGGAAAUAAUAAAUCAAUUAGCUAUUGCAGUGAAGACAUUAGUUAAUAAUUCCGAAGCGCUAACAAAGUAUUACAAUGGUCCGCAGAAAUCGAGUCCCGAACAUAAAGGUUCCAGUCAGAAAAAUUAUGGCAAAGGCCCGUAUUCACCGGGUUUCGAUUUCGAAGACGACACUCUUCGCACGACCAAAUACAUAGAACACUCGAAAGUUCGAGAUUUUUACGAUCGAGACAAUGAAGAUGCUGAAAAUUUUCACAAAAACGAAUUUAGGAGACCUCGCAAUACUUUAUUAAAUAUGGUUGGCGAUUUCGUGGCUCGUUGUUCCAUUCGUCUGGUAGAACUCAACAAAAAAUCUCAGGACGGAAAGAAUAUCGAGCUAUUGGAUUCAAAAUGCCACGUGCGGCUAGCGGAUAUCGCUCACAGUCUUUUGAAGAUCUCUCCAUAUGAUCCCGUCACUAUGGCUUGUCGUGGUCUCCGUAGAUAUAUGAAUGAUAUUCUUCCUUCGACCGAAUGGGCGACCGAUGACAUGAGGCCGGCGUUAACACUCAUUCUCAGGAGAUUGGAUAAGAUUUUUGGUAAAAUACAUAAGAAAGCUUCGAUCAGGAGGAAUACUAAUUGGGUUGCCGCUAGUAAUCUUUUGAAAGGAGUUUACGAAACCCUGUCAAAAUGCCCGUACAUCGCGCACUUCCAAUAUCUGAAGACCCUAUUGAAUACUUGUCAGGCCUUGAUUGUUGGAGAUACUCCACCUGAGGACGUAACUUCGGCUUCCGCGGCUGCUGUAAUGAGCAAGAUACCGCCUCAGCAUUUUUGCUCGACGGUGUUACGUCUGAUUGCAUUGCACGUGAUAUCAUACGGCGAGGGAUAUUCGUUGGAAAAUGUUCUCGGUGGUCAGAGCAUGUUCGCCACUCAGACACGAACCGAGAACACGUUGUUGAAUUUGUUGAUACCAUUAUUUUUGCGCAUUGGAACUGGAAGAAAAGAUGUACCGAAACUGCUACAAUCGGACAUCAGUUUUGCUUUAACGGCUAUAUUGAACACUCUUUGGCCGCCGAGCGUAAAAGCAGUACCGUUGACAGUGCAAAAACCAUCGACGGAUAUAAGGACCGGUAGUCUAACAUUUGCCGCGAGAGAUCCGAAAACUUUGACAAAAAUAUCGUUAACGCUAUAUCAAGUAGCGUUUCUAGCGCUUAAAAUAAUGACGAUAUGUUUCGAAACUGAGCUGAGAACGGAAUGGCCGAAAAUUCUACGCACAAUGCGUCUUUUGAACAAGCGUAACGAAGCUUCCAUAUAUCUUUGGAAUUUCAUAGAAUUCGUGGUAACGCAUCGUACCCCCUUGUACAUCCAGAUGCUACCGUUUAUCAUUUAUAAGAUCGGACAGGCGCCGAUAUCCGAGCAUGAGCGAAAUAUGCAUACCAUCAUUCGGGAGAAAAUCAACGGCAGCAUCACUGUACCAAAAUCUCGGGGAGCGCUGCUGAUGGAUCUUAUUCACGAAUUGAAGAAUCUGAAAGAGGAAAUUGAAGAUCGAAGAUUCGAUGAAAUGCAGCCGGAGCCUAAGAGAAGCGUAGUGGAUAUGCAUCCAAUAAUCGAAGGUCAACCGCGUACUCAGAGGCCGUCUCUCAUGGAUCUUCUGACCGGAGACCUAGGAUCUAGAGCUCACAUAAAUCGUACACCUUCCGAGACUCCGAUAUCUCAUUCCACAGCUUCUCAAUUGCAGCCUCAUUCCAACUUGGGUAGUACUGUUAAAACAAUGCAGUCUAGUCAAGUAACAGGAGUGCCGAGCGGUACUCGCAUUGGCGGAUCUAUAUCGAGCGCAGGAUCUUCCACUUUGCGAGAAACGAGCGACACGAUUACCGGAGACACCUGCGUCGAACAGCAGCCAUCGUCAACGACAACAGAUAGAUUCCAACCAUCUUCUACUAGUGAUGAACGUAACCAUGUUAAGCUUCAUCCUAUCUUACCUCAUCAAAAGGCGCCAAAGCUGCGCUUUGUCUCUUCCGUAGAGUUUAGAAACUCAUCAGGAGAGACAGUGACGAGCCAACUAAGUCCGAGCAGUCUGAUCGAAGACGGUUCUGGCGAAUUCCAUACCGACAGGCCUCGCUUACAACGUUCUAUGGGACAAAGCAAGAAGACCUUCCGCUUAAGAAAAAGUCGAAAGAGUCACAUUGAGAUGACUCAGACGAAAUCCGAACAGCAGGAUCUAACUCUUGUCGAGCAAGUGACGAGUCCGCCGACAUCGCUCGUGCAAACAUCAUCAGCAUCAGCAGUGGAUCAGCCGUUAUCUAAUAUUCCAUCCGAUUCUUCAUCUAUUCGUUCCAGACGAAGUCUAUCUGCUCGCAAAUCGGAUGGAGACAAAAGUACCAACGUGUCGGCGGACCAGCAGCAAUUUCACGGAACGACUCACCAGCAUCAUCAUUGUCACUAUUAUCAUCAUCAUCUACAUCCUCAGGUAUCGGACGUUUCCUGGGACGAAGACACGUCCAGCACUUCCGGAUACCGUGAGUCGUACAGCAUGCAACUCAUGUCAUUGGACGGUACUAAUGCUCGAUCGGCGCCACCUUUAGCAUCCCCGGAUCUCAACGAUAUGCCAUCCACAAGUAGUACAACCACUAAUUAUAUGGCUUUCGAUGGCAGCUCCCCGGAUUGUUCGAUGAAUGGCAGUGGAGGCGAAAAAACUGCUCUGCUAACUUCAAGUCAAAGAACGACUUCUCAACAUUCCUUAUUGAUGGUCUUUCCAAAUCAGGACGAGGAUACAUUAAUAUAAAUCAUAGAAUUUUUUGAUUGAGACUGAUAAUUUAAAAAAAUCAACGAAUAUCAAGAAAUUUGAAGAAAUAGGGAUAAUUUGAAAAAUGAGACGUAUCUAAAUAUCGGAAUUAAUAUGUAAAAUACUAUACAGUUAAUUUAUCAUUUCUUACCCCUUAUUUCUUUUAUAACUAAUUGGAGGUAUGUGUCCUGUUGUUAUUUGACAUAAAAAUGUUUGAUAUAAAUAUCAUUUUUGCUCUAUCGUGAGUUCCACACGUAAAGUAUAUAUAUGUAUAUCCCCAAGCUUAAACCAAAGUAAA